UUGAUACGUGGCUGACAACAGGGACGUUACCCGUUCGACAGGCUUUCUGGGGUGCAUGUGACACAUGCAGCAUAAAACAUUGUACUGUUCUCAUGAGAUGUUGCUUUAUGAUGGCGGUCUGUAAAUAAUCAAGUCUAGACCAAUUGGGAUACGAUUUCGCGUUAGGGAUACGAUGACAUGCAUCAAUCAAGCCAGCGAGCCUGACCACCUCUUGUGACAAGCAUAGUAGCCAUUUAUAACAAGCAUGGGUUGCUGAAGAUCUAUUCCUACCCAGAUGUUCACAGUUACAGUCAACAUAAUGGCUGCCUCGCUGAUGAUAUGGAUUGCCUGCUUGGUAACUGCUACUGAAGCCAGUUCGUGCAAGGAAACCCAUCACUGUUCAGACUGUGACGGUGAGACAGGGUAUUGCCUCACUGAGUGUGACACUGGAUAUUACGGUCUGAGUUGCAAGUCUACCUGCAGCAAGAACUGUAGGAAUAACACAUGUGUGAUCUCUAGCCAUGGUAGUGCUAACUGCACUGGGGGUUGUGUGCCAGGAUACCAAGGUAUCAACUGCAACAUACCAUGUGACAGUCCAGCAGGUAACUGUACAGCAUGUCCAGGUGGUUGUGAUGGAGGAUAUUGUCAGCUGGGCUCCUCCUGUGUGUCUGGAUGUGUAGCCUCUCACUACGGGUCUGAUUGUAAGAACUGUUCGAGAGGAUGUACCCCAUGCAAGAGGUUGACAGGAACAUGCGAAGAGACAUCGGCCAGUCCAUGCAAGGAAACCAAUCACUGUUCAGACUGUGACGGUGAGACAGGGUAUUGCCUCACUGAGUGUGACACUGGAUAUUACGGUCUGAGUUGCAAGUCUACCUGCAGCAAAAACUGUAGGGAUAACACAUGUGUGAUCUCAAGCCACGGUAGUGCUAACUGCACUGGGGGUUGUGUGCCAGGAUACCAAGGCAUCAACUGUAACAUACCAUGUGACAGUCCAGGAGGUAACUGUACAGCAUGUCCAGGUGGGUGUGAUGGAGGAUAUUGUCAGCUGGGCUCCUUCUGUGUGUCUGGAUGUGUAGACUCUCACUACGGGACUGAUUGUAAGAACUGUUCGAGAGGAUGUACCAAAUGCAACAGGUUGACAGGAACAGGAAUAUGCGAAGAGACAUCAGGUAAUAACGUGGGACUGUUUAUAGGACUUGCUGCUGCAGGUGUGCUUUUCAUUGUAAUACUAUUCCUGGUUGUGUGCUGCUACAAGUAUUGUCAACACUUAAGGAAAAACAGGUUUCAAUACCUCACACCUACCCAUGGCAUACACAUGUCAACGGAGGACACUGAUGCUCGAGUAUAUGAUUUCAUUGAUGAAGCAGAGAUGUAUGAUCCGCUCACUGAUGAUAGACAAACCAGCCUAUCACGUGACCUUGAACUUUCAGAAACAGCUGAACCAGGAACCACAACCCUUGACCUGUUAGUAUGAAGGCGUUAUAGCAAGGGUUUGGGCCCAAGAGGCUUUAGAAAUAAGGAUAACACAUCUACCUCUUGGGGCUACCAAAUCCUGAGAUAUCUACCUCGGAGGUCAGAGCAUAAGGCUACCAAGACCUGAUAUAUCUACCUCGGAGGUCGGAACAUGAGGCUACCAAGAACUGAAAUAUCAAACUCGGAGUUCUGAGCGUGAGGCUACCAGGAACUGAGAUAUCUAGAAAAGAGCAGGAAACAGAAAAGAGUUGUAUAAUGUAUAUAUAUUGUAUGUGCCAUAUCUGAUAUUUUGUUAGUGCGUUGUUGAGAGAGCGACAUGGAUUAUUCAGAUUCUAUAUUGGGUGUGAGCAUUGUUGUAGUGCAUGUUUAUAUAUGUUUCCCACACACUGACGUUGAUUACAUAUUUGCAGCUGUGCUCGUAUUGUAAUAUUGUAAUAGUUGUAAUAGUUGUUACCCUGUCUGGCGCUCGGCGAAAAGGGGCUAAAACAAGCUUUCGUCGGCUCAGAGUCAAGGUACUGUGUCUUGGUUGGGUAUUCAUGUUAAGCUGUGGCAUGGGAUCCCAGUGGACUACUACAGUGGACUGGUACAAAAAGCGCCCCCCC